AUGAGCGAACAACAACAACAUUUAUUGCCAUCUCCAUCCGCACAUCGUCUCUUGAUGGGCGGGAGGAAACCUUACAUACGGGAUACACAGAUAUGGACUGCUGCAAGAUGCCAGAGAUUGCUACGUCAGCUCCAGUGUCGUUUGGUAUCUCUGAGAAAACUGGUUGACGAGGCGCGCCGACCACAAACAACCCAAACGAAGCGGCCAAGAGCCGAUGAAGAACUCACGAAACGCCCAAAGCGAACACGGUAUACUUAUGCGAGACGUCGAUCAGUCCUGGUUCCAGAGAAGUCAACUACUUCGUCAAACUUGACGCCGCCACGAGCAUUGCGCACUUUAGGUAGCAUGAAGAUCGAACGUAGUCCGUCAAGAGUUGGACGGAUUGACUUUACGACGCCAGUACUAUGCAGCUUUGACCAACAGGAUCCUACUUUCGAGUCCACAUCAAAAGAUUCUAUGCUCAAAGCGAAUAGCCCUACAUCGCUAGUCACAGAGUUACAAUCGCUUCGCCGUGUCGUUCCUGAUAACCAAUACCGCAUUUACGAGAUAAUAUUUGGUUGGUUAAGCGGCUUGUUGAGCUCAACCGAAUCAUUGGGUCAAACAGCGCACCCCAAGUCGCUUUUAGGACUAUGCCUUCGCAAAGUUCCAGAUGCCCUGGCCCUGAUAGAAGAAUGGGACCGCCAGACUGCAGCAAAGGAAGCAAAGUCGUCGAAGUGGGAAUCAUCAAAAGCGUCAACAGAGCUUUACGGACAGUUGGAAGGUUUUGGGACAACGAGCAUGGGUUGGAAAUCGCUAAAACUGGUUGUUCGUGCACAUGCUCUGUGUUUAUUGACCGCAGCCGUUGCAGAAGGUCUUUUUGAACCUUCCUUCGUACGAUUCUUGGCUGAUCUUUGUCUCAGCCUAGGAUGUAGGGCUGAAGGAGCGCGACUUGUCUCAAGUUUGAAGCUUCCUAUAACUGCACCUCGCGGCUCGGCCAGUUCAUUGUUUGAGAGUGGUUCGAUCCAGCCUUUGGGGCUUAUUCUGCGAAGUCUGCAAGGCCAAGGGACAAGCGGCCCAUUCUGGUGUUGUCUUUCGACUCUCAUCAGGAACAAGAAGCUCUCAUUGACUUGGCUUACAUCACGGGCAUUUCAGCCAAUAUGGAUGCGAGGAAUCGAGGUUUUGCUACACAACAGAACCCCUGUAGUCUCAGUCAUCGAUUUCAUUUGCACGGCAAUUGACCAGCUCUUGAUGGGGGAUACCAAAGAGACAGAAUCAGAAGAAGCCUCGGAGGAUGAGACGCUCAUGAAUGCGCUAGCUGCAAUGGCAGCGGCGACAUGGACAUUGGGUGCCGAGGUGAGCGUCAACGAGUCGUGGAAAGUACAAGCAGUCCGGCGCAUGCUGUUUACACUUGAGACUUGCGUGCUCCAGCAGCAGGGUCGCCGUGGUUCAUUUCGAAGUCGAGGCCUUUUCCUUGUUGUUUUAGCUCGAUUCAUAGCUGCCAGUAUGAUCGACAGUGAUGUGGUCAGUUCGACCACAAGAAAACGUGCGAUUCAUGACUGUCUGAGACUCUUGACAGUUGGAAACGGCACUCCAACUCAACCACAAUACCGGCAGACUCUUCUGCUAGCCUGUUCUGUAGCACAGUACCGAGGGCAGGCCUGUGGCUUGCCAUGCCACGACAUCUUAUCUAAGAUUCGAGUAUCAUUGAAUGAACUGGGACUUCCAGAUUGGUUUCAAAUUGGGUUGGUGUCUGACGGGGCGUUUGUUCUGGCACAGAAAACAAGAGAUCUCCGAGACGUCGCCUUUGCCGAAAGGCUUUCUGCUGCUGGCAAGGGAGCCCUAGAAACUAGCACGAUAUUCUCGGGCUGGCUCUGGGAAGAGGGAAUCGGCGAAUGGGUUCUGCCCAGCCCUCAUCAAGAAAGAAGAAAGCAGCCGAGACAACAAAACCGCCAUCGAAACGGAACAGGGUGCCAGACAGGCGAAGAUCGACGACCAGAUAGUCGAGUCGAGACUGGAAGUCCGCUGAGACGGACAAGGGCUAGCUACGACCGCACUUUUAGGCACGGAAUCCACAAGAAUAGUUCCUUGGGACGUGACAAGGGUGAUUGGGGUCAUGAUGACACGGACGACACCGAUAACGAGGUCGGAAAUGAUACGAGCGCAACCAGCAUUACGGAUGAUGGUGUCGUCAGGGAAGACAGUGGGGAUGAACUUGGUGAUGAUCACUUGGUCCACAUUCCGGCAAUGUCGCAAGAGCAUAGCUAUAAUAUUCGUAAGAGGAACGAGAGCAGCCACAGUAACAGCGUCAACACAAGCACAAGCACAACGACAAAAACAAUAAGAAGGGUGAAGCGGUUGGAUGUCACACGGACCUGGCAGACGACCAGGCUUGAUCAAGUUGGCCUAGGAGAAACCCGACAAGUUGAAGGAGAUACAGAUGAUGAUGAGCUUAGCAUGCUCUGCUAA